GGCGGGCUUCUGAAAGUGCUGACUGGUUUUUGUGGUUCUCUAUUUAACUUAGGCAUUCGGGCAUACGGCAACACCACAUAUCCACAAUCACCAAGAGCUGCAGUGAACCUGUACAGAACCUCCACAGACUGAAUGCUGAUCAGUAUAAUUAGGAACAGAGAUGAUUAGAAAUAUUUAUGCAAAAUGUGGAAUUUCAGCAGACAGCACAUCAGCUGUCGCAAAGUACGAAGACAUCCAUGCAAAUGACCCUCCAAGGACUCGAGUGACCAUAAGCAAUGAGGGAAAUAAGAAAUCAGGAGUUUACAGACUGGCUGCAGUGUGUGUGCUGCUGCUGUUUGUUUUCCUGCUGAUUGCCAUCACAGUGCUGUGGGUCAAAUACAACACCCUGACAAAAGAGAGACCGCAGUUACAAUUAGAGAGAGAUCAGUACCAACAAGAGCUCUCUAAACUUCACAGUGCCCUUUUAAACCUGGGAUGGAGAUAUUUCAACAGGAGAUUUUACUACAUUUCAACUGUAAAGAAGAGCUGGGGGGGAACCAGACAGGACUGUAUAAAGAGAGGAGCAGAUCUGGUGACCAUAAACAGUACAGAAGAACAGGAGUUCAUGAGUAAAAAUUUCGCUGGUACUGAAGCUUGGAUUGGUCUGCUUGACACAGAGACAGAGGGGACAUUUAAAUGGGUGGACGGUUCACCACUGACCACUGAGUUCUGGUGGAACGGAGAACCAAAUGAUUAUGAACAAAGCGAGGACUGUGUUAUAACAGGCUACACAAGAGCCAAGUCUAACAUUUUAACCUGGGCUGAUUAUCCCUGUAACCACCCUGCAGUUGGGAUUUGUGAGAUGAAAAUAUUUAACUGAAUCCAUGAAACUAAAUAAACUAUAUGAAGCUUG